AUGGGAGACGGGCACCGACACGAUGCCCAAGGUCGGCCUGUGAUUGGUCCCCAGACAGAGCCGUCGCCCACUUCUCCCCUUUCCCCCUCUGUUUGUGCCACGACGGACAAGUACAUCAGAAGAAUAAUUCAUUUCGCUCCGUUUUACGACACCCUUAAAAUAAGUGAGCCCGGCCCGGCCCGGUUCUGUUGGCAGAAGACGGCGCGAACACGACUCCCUCAGCUCGCCCCCUCGACGGACACAAUGUUUGAUUUGGGAUCAGCAAAAAUCAUACAAUCGCACUGCUCCACCCCCGGUCAUAUUCACACCGAGCACCUGAAGAUAAUGGGCGCUGUAAUGUUCACAGGCCGCGCCCACCUCGUGGCCCAUGUCUGGCGUGGCCACAGGCGGUGUUCUGGUGGCGGGUGUGAUGCGGGUGUGAAUGUGGGUGUGGGUACAGGUGCAGACACGAGGGCAGCACUAGCAAUCGCUUCGGCCCUCCUCCGGUACCACAUUUCAGACUACACGACUCGACCUUCACCACAUCCCAUCCGACCCGACCCGAUCCGACCUGACCUGACCUGGCCCGUCACGGGUGUCGGGUCAUGUCGAGGCUUCGCCAAAGACUGCGUCGAGGUUGUGGCCGAGGCGAGUGGGACGAAAGGAAGCGGAGUCGAGUGCGUCGGCGACGACGAUGGAAAAAAGUUGUUCGUUUACACAACGACACCUUUCGAGGCGAUCGGUUGUUCGCGCCCAAGAGCCAAGUUGACCCAAAUGGACCAACACAAUCCGACCAGUUUCCGCAUCAUCUCAUUCAGCCCGAAUGGAGUGCAGUUUCGACCCCGCGGCAGAAAUCCGAUGCGACUCGAACGCGAGUUGCGAUAG